AACACCUCAUUUCCAAUUUAAUCACACGGAACACAAGCGUUGGCAAAAGCAAACGCUGAAAGCUGCGAAGCUGCCACACUGUGGAGCUCGUAACUCCACUGAUACGCUACGCUUCGAUCUCUGUUCUGCUGUUGUUCGUCAAUUGUAGCUCCACACUUUGUACUAUGCCUAGGGUUUCACGGUUUGGUGUUCCACCUAGAAAAGGAGGAAAUAAAGCUUCAACUCAAUCCCCUCCACUAUCAACUAACAAUCCAGCAACUGCUAAUGCCCCACCACCAUCAACUACUGCUUCACCAGCUGCUCAAGUUCCACCACCAUUGAAUGAUGCUCCACUACCUAAUCAAACCCCAUUAGUGUGGAUUGAUGCCACACUAUCUCAAGAACCUCCUCAACCCCUAUCAGCCACCCAAUCUUGGCCUAGGCGUCGGCAACGCACAAAAGCUCCUUUGCAAGCCCUACCACUUUCAGUUGAUGCUCCACCAUCUACUCAAACUCCACCACCAACUUUUCAAGCCCAGAAACCAUUGAUUAAUGCUCCACCAUCAGCUCAAGCCUCAUCAACACCAUCCACAGUGGCUCCUUCACAAGCCCCACUUGCCACCCAAACUCAACUAAGGCACUACCCAUGGGAGGAAGCUCCUUCACAAGCUCAACAACCGUCAAUUCAUGCUGUGCUAUCUACUCAAGUGCCGGCAUCUUCAGGUGAUGCUCCAUCAUCCUCCGAGGCCUCAUCAUCUUCUGAGGCCCCGUCAUUUCCCGAGGCCCUAAUACCUUCAUUUGAUGCUCCACCACCAACUUCUCAUGCCACACUAGCCACACUAGCAUCAAUUGAUGUCUCGCCAUCCUCAGAAGUUCCUUCACAGGAUCCAUCUGCUGACCAAACUCAACGUCGGACCCGUGAAAACCGCAAAUUUUGGACUGUUGAUGUAAAAGAUGCUUCUGGAGUUACAAAAGUAGCAUAUUUGAAAUUGAAGGAUCUUUGGAACCUUCCCAGUGGCACCAAAGUGGUGUUGCCACUUAAUGAUUGGAAACAACCAGUUGGUGAGGCAGCUGGCCUCUUAGGACAAGCUCUUGGACAAUUGGGUGCCAAUUUUGCUGCUCUUCCUAUUUGCUAUAAGUCUUGGCCUAAAGUUCCUAAAAAUCUUAAGGAGGAGAUUUUUGAUAGCAAGAUAAAGGAUAAGUUCAUUAUAAAUGAUGAUCUAGUGAAGAAGAUUAUAAUCCAAAGGAUUGGGGAAAAGUGGAAGGAGAAUCGAUCUGAAGUUUUUCAUAAAUAUUAUGAUCCAGAACUCAGUAAAGAAGAGAACUAUGCUAAUCACCCUCCUGAGAUAAAUCGAGAUCACUGGAUUGAAUUUAUUGAUUAUCGUUUGGAUCCAAACACUGUGGAAAUGUGCAGAAAAAAUGCUGAAAGUCGGGAGAAACUAUCAGUUGUGCAUCGUUUAGGGUCCAAGAGCUUAGCAAGGAAACGGCAUGAGAUGGAAGUUGAGAAUGGAGAACCGGUUAGUAGGGGGAAAGUUUUUAUUGCCAUGCAUACUAGACCUGAUGGAUCAUAUCCAAAUGAUGCAAUCCGAGCUAUUUGUGACGAAAUUACUCGUAUUGAGACUGAAGGGAACUGUUCACCAACAGUUGGACCAGAUGAUUCCCUUGCCCAAGCGCUUGGAGAGGAGCAUUCUGGUAGAAUCAGAGGUUUGGGUUUAGGACCCUGCAAAACACAAUUAUUUGAGGCUGAAGAGCAAACAAGAUGUGGAGGCAAGUGCCUAGAAAGUGCCCCCUUUACUCAGAUGAAACAGGACAUUGUAGAUCUGCGAGCACGAUUGGAAAGAGAGACUAAAAGUAGACGUGAAUUUGAGAAUGCUGUAACUCUAGUCCUACAACAUGUUGCUACCCCAAACAUGACUCCCGAGCUCGCUACACUCCUUACUCCAUUGAUUACGCGUGCAUUUCAGGCCUCACUUGCUAAUGGUGGGAAUGCUGGGAAAAGCAAUGGAAAUCCUUCUAAAUGACAGAACUUGAUUGCCAUGAAUUGCCCAAAUAUGGUGGUAGAGGAGGUGAAAUCUGUUAUAUCCAAGAAGAUAUUAGUUAUAGGGCAGAAUGGGAUCAUUCAGUGAUUGCUGAUGUUGGAGUUUCACUUUAGGGUGAAAAAAAAUGCAGUAUAGGACUGUAGAAUCUGUAUUAAGGUAGUGAAUGAAGAAGGUCUGGAAUUUUUGGAUAUGUUUUCAUGCCUGCAUGGUCACCCUAUUUUUACUAUUGGAUGAAAAAAAUUCUUUGUAAUUGAUAAGGGUAUCUUCUAACCAUCAACCACAAAAUGGCAUUUAAGCAAU